CAAAUUCGAACGUAGCUUGUCAUAGUAGCUCGACUCUGUAAUGCUGUUUGAAAUAAUGUUUUUGUGCUCAAUGUAGUUGACAUAGCUUGAAUAUAAAUAAUUUAUGUUCAUAGAACUUCGAGUUGUCACUUGUUUCGCUGUGUCCAUGAGUGAGUUCAGUUAUUUUAUAAAAAUUGUGUGGGUGCAAGUGUAUUGCCGUAUUAUGCAAGUGAAUUAAUAUACGAAAUACAGAAUUACGGAUAAUGCAGCCGCAGUUAGCUGAAUGUAACGCAUUGUGGAUGUUAAAGUAUGUAGUUUAAAUUGCAGAAUAAGUGAUGCUGUAUGGUAUUUGCUGCGUGCUGUAGAAGAACAUAACGUUUCUGAGUCCCAAUUCCCCACUUGGUUUUAAGGAAUUUACAAUGACAACAGAAAUAUUGGAAUUACUUUGUAAUUCAAUGAAACUUGAGCGAGACAGAGGUGUUGGAGAGCUGCAGCGGGUUUUGCCAACAUGUACUGAAAAUGAAAGAGUGCAGUUUGAAGUUAAUCUUGUACUUCUAAUUAGUGAUUCAGAAACAUCUUGGGAAACGAAGCAUGGUUGCUUGUUAGGAGCCAAAGCCCUGAUCCCGUACCUGAAUCUAGAUGAUGAGCAUGAAGCUGAUUUUGUACAUAGAAUUAAAGCCAUUGCAGAAAAGUUCCUGACCGACAUAGAAGUAAGAGUACGGAUGGCAGCUGGUGAAGUAUUAGGUGUACUUUGUGGAAAAAUUGGCCCAGCUGUGUAUCAAGAUUGUAAGGAGUAUGUGUUGCGAUUGAUACAGAGUAAUUUGGAGAGGCAAGUGACCCAUGAUGAUGAUGGCUCAAAACAUGAGCAAUUAGAAACUGAAAAACUAAUGGAAAAGCUAGCAGGUCCUUCCCAAAGGCGCAACAGUGCUGAAGCAGCCCAGAUUUUCCAUGAUACAGCUGGAUGGAAGAACUUGGAGACAAGCCUCAAAUGCUUACAGGCAAUGAUUGAUGGGUGUGGUGCCAACUUUCAGCUAUUUGUGGAUGAUGAGUUGCUGGAACUUAUCUUCACAACUUUAACACACACCAAUAGAUUUGUCCGUGAAACUGGCUUUUAUGUCUGCUCAUCUCUUGUUAGCUGUGGCAGUACUGAUCAAGAUGCAGAAGGCAGAGAUAGUGUUAGUGCAAUGAACCCUAUCUACACGUAUGGGCAUGAGUUCAGCAAACACUUAGCACAGGGACUAGCAGACAACUGGAGUCAGGUACGACUCUCAGCAUCUGUUGCUGCACGAAAAUUCCUUACUUCACUCCCUGAUGAUAAAGCUCGAGAAAUUUUCUACCCAGAAUUACUGCCAAGAAUGUGUCUCAACAGAUAUUACGUGGCAGAAGGAGUACGCAUCUACUCUCAGGAGACCUGGCGCCAGGUGACAGGAACAGCUGGGAAGGAUCUAGUCCAAAAAUACAUCUCAUAUACUGUGGAUUAUUACAUAUUAGCAACAGAAUCAGAUAACCAUGCUGUGCGAGAAGCAGCUUGUGCUUGUAUUGCUGAACUUGCAGCAAAAAUCCAUCCUCAAGCCACUCGGCCAUAUGUGGAGCGACUCUUGGAAACUCUGCUUGUCUGUUUUCAAGAUGAUAGCUGGCCGGUGAGAGAUGCCGCAUGUAUGGCUUGUGGAAACUUCAUUCUGUGUUUUCCUGAAGAGUCCCGGGGCGCUCUUCCAUCAUUAUAUCCGAUGUUCUUCUGUAAUCUGGGGGAUCCAAUUCCAUCAGUAAGACAAGGGGCUGCUUCCUCACUCGCUAACAUUGUACGAGCAUAUGGUCAGGAAGCAGUAGCAACUGUAAUGGAGAAGGCAACCGCAGGACUGAAGGGUGUUAUGAACCAACCAGCAGAGUCUGAGCGGUACCCUGACAUGGAACGUGGUCAGGCAUCGUUUGGUGUUGUGAAGAGGUUACGAGAUAAUGACCCUGAACUCCAUUCUGAUAAACAGAUGUAUUCAUGUGGAUCUUUGGCACCAAAAAUGGGUCGGGGUGGUUGCACUGACCCUAAGUUCAAAAGACCUUCACAACCUUGGGAAAUGGCAGAUGGAUGUGUGUACCUGCUGUCUGAGCUGUCGCAGAUCCCUGAUCUGUCCCACUCAGUGUUUACUGCAUUGCCCCUAGUGGGAGAGGCCUGUCAGUAUCGACACUACACCCACCAUGUUGUCUUCCUUGAGACAGUUUGUAAACAGUUACCUCUUCUGGCAAAGGGAGUUGGCAAGAAAGUCUUCAAGUCCAUUGUUGAGGAGUUCUUGGACCCAGUUUUCUAUGCCCUGGAGUGUGAGAAUGCUUUGACUUCUAGUGCAGCUAGUCAGUGUCUGAAUCAGAUCGGCACUCUGCUUGGACCAAGUAUCCUAAGAGCAAAAGUGGAAAGGCAUAAUCCAAAAUAUUUACACCACCUAGAUGCAAAUGUCUUCAUUGCUCCAUUUUGAGCAAAUUGAAUGAUUUACUUGACUACUGAUUCACAAUUGUGGAAGUCAAGGCAACCUUCUGUGAUAUAGGCUGCUCCUGCACCAAGUUGUCAGUAUCUGUGCACCAUGUUUAUAAAUGUCUCUGCUACUAGAACACUAGGUCGUUAUUUCAGAAUUCAGCUUUUGGUACAUUGAGUCACUGUGAAAAUAAAUAAAACUAGAUCUUGUAUCUGAGGUUGUUAUGAACUUUACUGUAUAGCACAGAAGCAUUAACAUCAAAAUACAUGAAAACUGAUAUGCAGUUGAAACAAAUUGUUUUACCUUGGAAGGAUAUUUAAAUUUCUGAUUCUUCAAGUUUAAUCGUAAUGUUGAUAACAGAUAUGACCUAUCAAAAAUGUGAAGAUUACCCCCCCCCCCCAUUCCAUGAUGUGAUACUGUUUAUUCUGGUAGACAGUAGUUGUGUUUUGGAAGAAAAUUCUGCCUCCAGCUUCAAGAUAGAAAAAUGAGCAGGAAUUGAAAAAAACUGGUUUUGAUGUAGGGAAGGAGGACAAGGACUAGAACUGUGGACAGACCAACAGAAGACAGUGGCACUGAGAAGUGAUAGUUAUACCAAGGGCAUAUAUAGUGGUGCAAAAGUGUAAGAGGAAUGAAAGGAGGAGACAGACAGGAGUAGAAAUAUAAGUGAUAAAAAUAAAAUGAAUUUAUAGGAUGAAGAAAAUAAAGUAAUAAAAUAAGAUUAACUUAAAAUGGAAUAGAUAUCCAAAAGAAAGACAUGAAGCGUAGGAAGAAGGAAGGGAUAAGCCAAAAUAAAAUGAAAGUCCACUGCAUUGCGAGCAGAUGACAGAAGCUCCUUCAUUUAUGACAUAACUUCUGCAGAAAAAAUAAAUAUAAAACAUAGUCUGCUGAAAUUGCUGUAAGAGCCCAGCAGAUGAUCUGUGCAAGAAAUUUGUAAUUUUAUGGCUCUGAAACAGUAGGAGGGUAAGGAUUAUGAAGUUUCAAGAAGGCUAUCAGUAUGUAUUGUGCCAGAUCUAACUGGGUGAAAUUCAUUUUUUGACUCAUUAC